CAUGACGGGAACUGUAGUGUACAGUGGCUUGGGUGCUUUCGUGAGAUAAGGAUUAGUAUGUUUAUAGAAAACGGGUUUUGGCACUUGGCUGAUACCCCUCGGUGUGUCAUCUUCUGAGAGGGGGAGAGAUGGGAGGAAGAAAGGAGGCUGGCUAAACGGAGCACAUGACAGGAAAAGCACGCCAGCACAGUAAUGCCCGGGCCCGGGUAACCAGCUCGCUGUCAACAUACGGGGGAUGCAGGUUCACAAUAGCACCUUGGGGGAUUGCUUCUUUCAGGGACAAGUCCAUAAAGUCUCCAGUGUCCUUUGUCUUGUCCAGAAUGGCAGCCUGUGGAGGGAAUCAAAAGAACAAGGUCAGUGUUAGCAAACCCAUUUGGGACUUCCUAAACAAAGAGACCCCAUCCAAACUUGACCGUAUAAGCGAGGAAAACCGAGUCCGGAUCAUAAUAGAUGGAGAAACUUCUGAUAUCUACGUUUUACGGUUGAACCCAGAGAGCCACGUUACAACAAAUGCUCUACACGUUGCCAGAAAGGCACUUAAGUCUCUGCUAAAGGAGACAGAGAAGGAAUUGAAGAAAUCAUACAAACAGCAUCAGUUGUCUGGUUGUAUGGCUUAUGGUGAUAAGAACACUGAACAUGCAGCUGAAUUGCACAUUCGAGGCACUUAUUCUAGAGGACAGCAGAGUACUGGCGGUAGGGGGAUUCCUGGCUGCUCAGGGGUAGCCAGCAGCAGUCAUGGCAGCUCUCGCGACCAUAGAAGAGAUGACGCAGAGGAUGACAGAGAAAACCAGUGUCCCAUUUGCUUGGGGGAGAUCCAGAACAUAAAGACACUGGAGAAAUGCCAGCACUCCUUCUGCGAGGACUGUAUCACAAGGGCCCUGCAGGUGAAGAAAGCUUGUCCCAUGUGUGGUCGCUUCUACGGACAGCUGGUAGGGAACCAACCUGAGAAUGGAAGGAUGUUGGUAUCAAAGGACUCCGGCUUGUUACUUCCAGGUUACGAGAAGUACGGCACCAUUAUCAUCCAGUAUGUCUUCCCUCCUGGCAUCCAAGGGGCCGAGCACCCCAAUCCAGGAGUAAGGUAUCCAGGAACAACUCGUGUCGCUUACUUGCCCGAUUGUCCAGAAGGGAACAAAGUUCUUGCGCUGUUCAAGAAAGCUUUUGACCAGCGCUUAACCUUCACCAUCGGGACUUCAAUGACGACAGGGAGGCCAAACGUCAUAACAUGGAAUGACAUUCAUCAUAAAACCAACUGCUCAGGAGGACCACAGCUAUUUGGAUACCCAGAUCCCACCUACCUGCUGAGAGUGCAGGAGGAGCUUCGAGCCAAAGGUAUCACGGCUGAUUAAGCGGUGCUCGCCUGGUUAAGUAAACAUGGAAAAGAAACAUGGAGGACACGGUGGCUGUCUUGCUGAGCGGUUCAAACGUAAUUUUGUCAUGAGGGAAACUUGCCUUUUGUCUUUUUCUUACCCUCGUCAUGUUACCUCCUCUGCUGACCUCAUACUACUUGGCAACAGCAGAGAAGACAACUGCUGGACUACUGAGUACAGCUGCAAAGACAUGGGGAACACUGGCUACAACAAGCUCUGCUUACCUGUGCUAUACGGAGGACGUCUUAACAGUUUGCCUUAGAAGUGAAUCAAGAAAUGCUUUGGGAGAGAAUAGUUUUCCAGUGGAAGAGACAUUUCAAAGACCACUGUGUUCUAACUCCAACGAUGGUUAACCAGCUGGUUUUAUGUACCCCUAAAUUUAGCAGGAGGAAAAGACGGAUAUACGUGAUCUGGCAGUGCAUGAUGGUUCCUGCACUUCUGAUGUUUAGUGUUCUUGCGACAUAUUCUGGAUCUUGUAGUUAAUAAGCCAUUAGAAAGGACUGACAUAUUUGUGGUUGCAAUGCAUUCUGGAUCCUGUAGACCUACAUUUUGUUACUGUAAUGCAGAACAUAUAAGAUCUUUUUUCAUACUUCUGUAAUGUCCAAGUGUACCAAGUGCUUAAAACAAGGAAUUAUAAAUGAUCCCAUGAAUAUAUUUUUUCUUCUCUUUGACAAGUUUAGAAUUUCCAUUUCGCACAUCAUGUGUCGCUGGUUCUCAAAGGUCGCAGGGGCCAAAAUUCUGCUUUAGGCUAUGUUCACAUGGACUAUUGCUUGUGACCCUUAUAAAAUAACCUUAAUGCUAUUGGUAAAAACUGCAAGUGCAGUUAGAUAUUUUUAUAUAUUGCAACAAUCCAUAUCUGUCUAGUAUGACAUGUCACUAUAGGCAAUAUCAGUGAUCCUUCACUGAGUCAAGAUUUCAAAAUGAAAAAUAAAAAAUAAUCACAAUUGCUAAAAGAAGGAGCAUUAUCUAAAGAUGAGAUCGCCAAGGGCAGAGUGACAUUUUUGUGUUCAAAUACAAAAAAGGCACUGGCUUUAAAUAUGUAUUCUUAGUACAGUAGUGUCAUUUUCUAAAUGUAUUGUUUUUCUUUUGUUGCCGCCGAAUAAUAGCCUAAUACCUGUUAGAAAAAAAUGACCUCCCUACUUAAAGAAGAACUUCCCCCCCAAAAAUGGUAUUAUAAGUAUCAGACAAAAAUAUUUUAUAAAAGCAUUAUGCUGGUUUUUUAAAAACGGUUCGAGUUUUCUUGUAAUAUAAAGCUACAUAUUUGUCAUGUGUGGGCCAUUGGUAUGUGUUCCAGCUCUGAUAUCGUAUCCCAAUCUACUAGACAAACAUCCUGACUCCUUGAAAGACUGCCUGUGGGAAACAACAGAAUGGUUCAGCUUUAAUGACCCAGCCAGAGACUCUGUCUGAUGAAAGUCUAUGGAGGAGAAGACUUCAUUAGCAUUGCCAUAAAGAAUUAUCACGGUGUGGUGCUUGAGCAGGGAAAGGCACCCAAAAUAUCACACGGGAUAAAUGGCAGCCUGCAAAUAAAGGAAGGUAAUUGGAACAAAUUUAAAAAAAAAAACAAAAACAGGUUUGGGUCAGUGCUGUCUCGUGUUACUGCAUACAUCACUCAAUGAUAAAAUAUUUUUUUAAUGGGACUUUCCCUUUAAAGGCCCCGUAAUCAUGUCAUCUCCUCCAUAACCAGCAAAACCAUUCUCUACUAAAAAAAAAAAUCAAGAUUUAACACAUUCAUGUUCUAAGUCUAAACAGCAGGGUCACUUUUGACAUAUGCAAAUUUGCUUCAUGAGAAGUAGUCAUUUGCAUAUUACAUUCAUUAACAAGACUCAGAGAAUAAUGCAUAUGCCGGAGGGAUGUUGUGGAUGGACAGCUUUAACUAAUUUAUAAGGAUGUUACAAUUUAAAUUAGUUAAUGAACUGCUUAGUUGAGUGAGUUUUCUUUACUAAUUCAUAUUAAUAUUUUUUUAUUUAAACUUUUUUGUAGGUUUUUCUUUUCAAGCUUUUUAUUUUGAAAGGGCAGCAGAUAUAUUAAUUUCUUGGUAUACGCAGCAUUGAUUCUUUUAUAGUAUUUAAAUAAAAGGGAAAAGGUCCGCACACGGGUCACACAAAUACCAGAAUGCAUUGCAAUUUAGAAUGUUCUAUUGCAAUAUUUAGGUAGGGUGUAUACCUGUAUACCACGUUAACUGGGUAAAAAUAAUGUGCGUUUGUGACAUUCCAUCUAAUGUGAAUUGUCCAUAUUUAAAUGCCAUGUAUGACACUUGAACAGCUUGUGCUCAGAAUCAAGUCAAAUUCCCUUAAUCAUUCCUCCUGUUAAGUUUGCGUUAUUUUUUAUUUUUUCUUAAUUGCCGAGCAGUUCGCAAUAAUGAAUAGUUUUAUAAGGUUUGUUUUUUAUUUCAACAAAGAACAUUUCGUUUAAUUGCUUAGCUUCUAUAUAAUAAAGUCAAAUUGUAUAAAUAAGGGAGCUCGAAUUCGUACGUUCGGUGUAGUCAUAAUUCUUCUGUAAGCUUGGAUAGCCCAAAUUGAUGUAAAAGUCACCUUACUGUAAUAUGUGGCUUUUCACCUUACCCAUAAUUAACCUUAAUCCUCCCC